CAUUUGUAUUACGAAUGACGAUUGACGAUUGACGUUAUUAUUAAUCAUCCAUUGAACAAAAGUACCUAAUUGUUUUUAUAAAUGCUGUAAUUUGGAUGUAGUGUUGUUUAUAAAUACGAGUAGUAUUUGAAUCAUUAACUUAUAUUCGAGAUUUGUUUUUAAAGGAAAUCUACUGUGUUUAGAGUAGUGAUAACUCUCAGGGUAAGAAUCAAAAGGCAUAAAGAUGAUUCAACCGGACUAUCCCUCAGCAAUGGGUUUAUUGUCUCAUUUAAACUCAGACGAACUAAAGGAAAUGCUCAAUGAUGACGCAAAAUUUGAUUCUGUCCUUAAAGAUGUAAAACAGGUAAAAGAUUGGGAAACAGAGAAAGAAACAAUAAUUGUGAGUAAUCGAUCCUUGGCUGAGUACAACUUGAGUAAAGAACCGGAACUAGAAGGCUUAAAGGCAGAAGUACAGGAAAAAUCUGAACUCGGUGAAAAUUUAUGCAGUCGUAUUCAAGAAUUGCUUGAUGAAUAUAAAACCAAGUCGGCUGGAAUUUCUCCUGACACAACCCAAGCUCUCCUGCAAACAGCAGCCGCACAAUCUGAGGAAGAAUCAGAAAAUAUUGCGCAGGACUUCCUCACAGGCAAAAUUGACGUUGACAAAUUCUUAGAGGAUUUUGAACCAAUCAGAAAGACAAUGCACCUACGAAAAUUCAAGGCAGAAAAAAUGGGUGAAAUAUUAAGGUCUGGCCAGAGUUAUGGGAAUGGUGUUUCAAAACCAUAUCUGCCAUAUCCAAGCUAUGGCAAUGUUCAAGGUGUACCCAGUGUUCCAUACCCCAUGGGCCCAUUAAAUAUGCCUAUGCCAGGAAUGUAUGGAAACCACUUUUGAAUAAUAGGAUUAUGUAUAAUUUUAUUGAUUGUAUAGUGAAAAUGAUGAAUGGGAAUUUUGAGCUCAUCCCUAUGCAUAUGCUGUUAGCAUUAAUAGUGAUUGUGUGGCCAUAAGUAACAAAUGAAGCUAUACAUAGAGCUUUGUAAAAGCUAACGAUUCUCAAAAUUCCAAAGUGCCAGAAUGAUAUUUUUUCUGCAAGUGAAGUCACAAUUUUCAAUAAUUAUGAUGCACCAAAUAUAUAUUACUUUUAUUCACUCUUCUUAUUCAGUGAUGUCAAUUAUAUAUUUAUUUACAUAAUAUAGUUCAAGAAAUAUAUUGUAGGGAACAUUAUUUUGUAACUGUCCGCUUGAUAUUGGUGCUUGUAAAUAAAAUGUGAUCAUUUAUUUGGUCAAUAGUUAAUUGAAGAAAUAUUAAAUGUCUAUGUAUCUAUCUAAAAUGAUCAGUUAAUUUCAACUAAGUGUAAUGAAUAUGUUGUUAUGAUAAUAUUUGUAGUAAUAAUGUUUUAUUUACAUUGUAAAUUGUUUCAAUCUAAUUGCAAGUAAUUAAUAGUUGUAAAAAGAGACAGGUCGCAGAUGCCAUUUUAUUAAAAUAAAGUUACUCUCUCCACA